CACCGUAGGUCGCGGAGCAUGCUGGGCCUUGGCAAUAUGGCGUCCUCCUUGGUGUGCUGAUGAGAGGAGUUUCACUGUAGCUCCAAACCAAAGGGCAAAACUCCCCUAACCCAGUAAGACUACAUUACCCGUUUUAUCCGCACGUCCGUGUCGCCAGUUCUUCGAGGCUCAUUUUCAGGCAGAAAGGAGCUACGGGCCGAAGGCCAGGGCCAGCGAGGCCGCGCGGACCCGGGGCUGAGGAACCGGCUGCGGGCGAGCACGAUGGGCUGGUCCUGGCUCUGGUUGCAGCACCUGAGGCGAGUGCGGGACCCGCAGGGCUGAGGGUGGCCCGACGUGACCGAGGCGCUCUGACUCUGUUCCCUUUGGCCGGAGACCUCAGUCCAGUCGGCGCAAGCGGCGAAUCGGCACCGGAGCGGGCGGCCUGACCGUCCUUGGAUCUGCUCAGGCGUUGGAGGCCGAGAGCCGGGUCAUCGCGAGGCCCGAAGUCGCUCACGCCUUUGACAACUCCGCUGGCAGUCCCACUGAGAAAGGACAGCCUCAGAAGCAGCCCGAGGCUGGGGAUCUGGGUGUGCGUGUUUCUGUGCUGAGCUCCCUGGGCUGCCCCGUUUCCCAUCCGCUUUUACCACUCUUCUCCGACUUCCCGCGCAGAGUUAAGACAUAAGGGUCUCCGAACACUACUUUACGGCUCCCCUUCUUUCUAUAUUUUAUUUUAAUUCUAGUAUACGCUAGAUUUUAAGGCUGGAGGUUCUCGAGCGUUUACUGCCAAGGACUCCCCCACCUCCUCCCCCGCUGAUGGAGUCGGAGAUGCUGCAGUCGCCCCUUUUGGGACUCGGGGAGGAAGAUGAGGCCGACCUUACAGACUGGAAUUUGCCUUUGGCUUUUAUGAAAAAGCGACACUGUGAGAAAAUUGAAGGCUCCAAAUCCCUAGCUCAGAGCUGGAGAAUGAAGGAUCGGAUGAAGACUGUCAGUGUGGCCUUAGUCCUGUGCCUGAACGUCGGUGUGGAUCCCCCAGACGUGGUGAAGACCACACCCUGUGCACGCUUGGAAUGUUGGAUUGAUCCUCUGUCAAUGGGUCCUCAGAAAGCCCUGGAAACCAUCGGUGCAAAUUUACAGAAGCAGUACGAGAACUGGCAGCCAAGGGCCCGGUAUAAGCAGAGCCUGGACCCUACUGUGGAUGAAGUCAAGAAACUGUGCACAUCACUGCGCCGGAACGCCAAGGAGGAACGUGUCCUUUUCCACUACAAUGGCCAUGGGGUGCCCAGGCCCACAGUGAACGGCGAGGUCUGGGUCUUCAACAAGAACUAUACUCAGUAUAUCCCUCUGUCCAUCUAUGACCUACAGACGUGGAUGGGCAGCCCAUCUAUCUUCGUCUAUGACUGCUCCAAUGCUGGCCUGAUUGUCAAGUCUUUCAAGCAGUUUGCACUGCAGAGGGAGCAGGAACUAGAGGUUGCAGCAAUCAACCCAAAUCACCCACUUGCCCAGAUGCCCUUGCCCCCAUCGAUGAAGAACUGCAUCCAGCUGGCGGCCUGUGAGGCUAACGAGCUCCUGCCCAUGAUCCCUGACCUCCCAGCUGACCUGUUCACAUCCUGUCUCACCACUCCCAUCAAGAUCGCCCUGCGGUGGUUUUGUAUGCAGAAAUGUGUUAGUCUGGUGCCUGGAGUCACACUGGAUUUGAUAGAAAAGAUUCCUGGCCGGCUGAAUGACCGGAGGACUCCUCUGGGUGAGCUGAAUUGGAUCUUCACAGCAAUCACAGACACCAUCGCGUGGAAUGUGCUCCCCCGGGAUCUUUUCCAAAAGCUCUUCAGACAAGACCUGCUGGUGGCAAGUCUAUUUCGAAAUUUUUUACUAGCAGAAAGGAUCAUGAGAUCAUACAACUGCACCCCUGUCAGCAGCCCCCGACUCCCACCAACUUACAUGCACGCGAUGUGGCAGGCCUGGGACCUCGCUGUGGACAUAUGUCUCUCUCAGCUGCCGACGAUCAUCGAGGAGGGCACUGCCUUUAGGCACAGCCCAUUCUUUGCAGAGCAGCUGACCGCGUUCCAGGUAUGGCUCACAAUGGGUGUGGAGAACCGGAGCCCCCCUGAGCAGCUGCCCAUUGUUCUGCAGGUGCUGCUAAGCCAGGUGCACCGGCUGAGAGCCUUGGACUUGCUGGGAAGGUUUCUGGACUUGGGUCCCUGGGCAGUGAGCCUGGCCCUGUCUGUGGGCAUCUUUCCCUAUGUGCUGAAGCUGCUCCAGAGCUCAGCCCGUGAGCUGCGGCCGCUCCUCGUCUUCAUCUGGGCCAAGAUCUUGGCGGUGGACAGUUCGUGUCAAGCUGACCUCGUGAAGGACAACGGUCACAAGUACUUCCUCUCUGUCUUGGCAGACCCGUACAUGCCAGCUGAACACAGAACCAUGACGGCUUUCAUUCUCGCUGUGAUUGUCAACAGCUAUACCACAGGGCAGGAAGCCUGCCUCCAGGGGAACCUGAUUGCCAUCUGCCUGGAGCAGCUCAGCGACCCGCACCCCCUGCUGCGCCAGUGGGUGGCCAUCUGUCUGGGAAGGAUUUGGCAGAACUUCGAUUCAGCACGAUGGUGCGGGGUAAGGGACAGCGCCCACGAGAAGCUCUACAGCCUCCUCUCCGACCCCAUCCCUGAGGUCCGCUGUGCAGCCGUCUUUGCACUUGGCACAUUUGUGGGCAACUCUGCUGAAAGGACAGACCACUCCACCACCAUUGACCACAAUGUAGCCAUGAUGCUGGCCCAGCUGAUCAAUGACGGGAGCCCUAUGGUCCGGAAGGAGCUAGUAGUGGCUCUCAGUCAUCUGGUGGUUCAGUAUGAGAGCAAUUUCUGCACAGUAGCCCUACAGUUCAUGGAAGAGGAAAAGAACUACCCCCUGCCUUCUCCAGCAGCCACAGAGGGGGGGAGUUUGACCCCAGUGCGAGAUAGUCCAUGCACCCCCAAACUUCGUUCUGUGAGCUCCUAUGGAAACAUUCGAGCUGUCACCACAGCAAGGAGCCUGAACAAGUCUCUGCAAAAUCUGAGUUUGACAGAAGAAUCGGGUGGUGCAGUGGCCUUCUCUCCCGGGAACCUCAGCACUAGCAGCAGCGCUAGCAGCACCCUGGGCAGUCCAGAGAAUGAGGAAUACAUCCUGUCCUUCGAGACCAUCGACAAAAUGCGCCGUGUGAGCUCCUACUCUGCACUCAACUCCCUUAUUGGAGUUUCUUUUAAUAGUGUUUACACUCAAAUUUGGAGAGUUUUAUUGCAUCUGGCUGCCGAUCCCUACCCAGAUGUUUCUGAUUUGGCCAUGAAAGUGCUCAACAGCAUCGCCUACAAGGCCACAGUGAAUGCCCGUCCUCAGCGUAUCCUGGAUACCUCUUCUCUGACGCAGUCAGCCCCAGCCAGCCCAACCAACAAGGGCAUGCACAUCCACCAGGUGGGAGGAUCCCCUCCGGCAUCCAGCACCAGCAGCUGCAGUCUGACCAAUGACAUGGCAAAGCAGCCGGUCAACCGAGACCUGCCUCCUGGCCGCCCGGGCACCACAGGCCCCACGGGAGCACAGUACACCCCUCACUCCCACCAGUUCCCCCGGACGCGGAAGAUGUUCGACAAAGGCCCAGAUCAGACUACAGAUGAUGCGGACGAUACUGCAGGACAUAAAAGCUUCAUCUGUGCCACCAUGCAGACAGGGUUCUGUGACUGGAGUGCCCGGUACUUUGCCCAGCCCGUCAUGAAGAUCCCUGAAGAACAUGACCUGGAGAGCCAGAUCCGAAAGGAGCGGGAGUGGCGAUUCCUGCGAAACACCCGCGUCCGGAGGCAGGCACAGCAGGUCAUCCAGAAAGGCAUCACCAGGCUAGACGACCAGAUAUUCCUGAACAGGAACCCUGGCGUCCCCUCUGUGGUAAAAUUCCACCCCUUCACACCAUGCGUGGCGGUGGCAGACAAGGACAGCAUCUGUUUUUGGGACUGGGAGAAAGGGGAGAAGCUGGAUUACUUCCACAAUGGAAACCCGCGGUACACCAGGGUGACUGCCAUGGAGUACUUGAAUGGCCAGGACUGUUCUCUGCUGCUCACAGCCACAGAUGACGGGGCCAUCAGGGUCUGGAAGAAUUUUGCUGACUUGGAAAAGAACCCAGAGAUGGUGACUGCAUGGCAGGGGCUCUCAGACAUGCUGCCAACAACACGAGGAGCUGGGAUGGUGGUAGACUGGGAACAAGAGACUGGCCUGCUCAUGAGUUCAGGGGAUGUGCGGAUCGUCCGGAUCUGGGACACAGACCGUGAGACGAAGGUGCAGGACAUCCCCACUGGUGCUGACAGCUGUGUGACAAGUCUGUCCUGUGAUUCCCACCGCUCACUCAUCGUGGCUGGCCUUGGCGAUGGCUCCAUCCGAGUCUAUGACCGGAGGAUGGCACUCAGUGAAUGCCGCAUCAUGACCUACCGGGAGCACACAGCCUGGGUGGUGAAGGCCUACCUGCAGAAGCACCCCGAGGGCCACAUCGUGAGUGUGAGCGUCAAUGGAGAUGUUCGCUUCUUCGAUCCCCGCAUGCCUGAGUCUGUGAAUGUGCUGCAGAUCGUAAAGGGGCUGACAGCCCUAGACAUCCAUCCUCAGGCAAACCUGAUCGCAUGCGGCUCCAUGAACCAGUUCACUGCCAUCUACAAUGGAAACGGCGAGCUGAUCAACAACAUCAAGUACUACGAUGGUUUCAUGGGCCAGCGCGUCGGAGCCAUCAGCUGCUUGGCCUUCCACCCGCACUGGCCUCAUCUGGCCGUGGGCAGCAAUGACUACUACAUCUCUGUGUACUCAGUGGAGAAGCGAGUCAGAUAGCAGCACCCCAGGACUCCCGCCAGGCCACCGCCGCGUGUACAUAGUGAACCCACUCACUCCAGGUGUAGCGCCCCACCACCAGCGCCGGCUCCUGACAGCCGCUGCCAGUGGAGGAGGGUCCUUGUGCUUACUUCCUUUCUGUCUUCGCUGUAAUAUCCAGAAAGCCCAGGGCAGGGAGGGCCUUGGCUUGGCAUCGCUUCUUGUCUCCAGCCCAGCACCCAGGCACCUGGCACUCAUGGUGCAUCAUAGCACAUCGUGGGCUCUUCCUGACCUGUAUUCUUCUGAGGUUUCAAGGAGGACAUACUUGUUUUAUUUUCCAUGUGACUAGAGCAUUAGCUACCGAAAAAAAAAUGGACCGCUGGUGAAGUGUCCUUAGGGCCUAAGGAAGCCAUCCACCUCUAGCUGGCCAGCCACACUGUCCUCUCAGUGUGUAAGCCCAGAACCACUCUGAGCAGGCUGGAUGCUCAAGAGGAGGGGGAGGGAAAGCAGGGUAACUGCAGCCGGCCAGUGUGACGGGAAGAGUGUGCCUGGCCCUCUCAGGACCCAGGCGCUCAACCUAGCAGCCUCCCUGUCCUGUCUGUGUCUCGGGACUGAGGAAAGACCCCUGCACAGCCAGACCCUUGGCUCAGCUAGCAGGCCAGGCUGCUGCACACAGAGCUGCUCCAAGACGGGACUGUGUGUGACUGGACAGAUGGGUUGGGCUCCUUGCGGCAGUGGUUCCGCCCCAGUUCACCAAUGCACCCACAGUGCUGCUGCUCCCUGGAGCAGUACCAUGUCCUGGGGCCAGUCCCUCCCCCUGUGCCUGCACACAGGCGCUCAGGCACCGUGGGACUAUGGGUAGAGCGACAGCCCCUACGAUGGUGUGACCACAGCUCACCCCCUGCAGGCUGCGAUGCAGAAGCCCCUUGGUGGCUCUUUGUGUGUCUGGCAUGUGUGCACAUGUGUGGGCACAUGUGCGAGUUGGGGGAAGCUGUGUGGACGAUUUAGUCCUGAGAAGGAGCACAGAAAAUUGCUGAGCAAUUGCACACAAUACAACCAUAAUGAUGGUGUUUCCGAAAGGAUUUUUUCCAUUUUCCUUGGGAAUCAGGAUCUUCCAGAGAUGGAGGCGUGAGGUGGCUCAGUUGGUUCUGCCAGGAAGACGGGGAGCAUGCGUCAGCACCAGGACAGAGGGCCAGGCCCCUCAUGCUGUGGACAGUGGCUCACUUUUGGCUAAAAGCAUCUUAUGGGUACAUGGAGCCCUGCAGGCAGCACUGGGCCAGCCUGGAGCAGGACAGGAUCCGACAAGGCAGGGCAGAGGAGGAAGCCUGCUGCUGCCCCCAUGAACACUCACUGCCCCAGGAGAAGGCUCCAGACGAAGUCACUUCCCCUCCUGGGGGUGAACAAGCAGCCUGGAGUCAGGAAAGCCCUAGCAGGUUAGGACCGAGUCCCACAAGCCCACCCACACGCUCUGCGGGUGGGGUGACACACUGGAAACUUCCAGGGGAGCUCUGCCCACGGACGCCAAGCAGAUGGCCCCUGUGCUGACUCAGGUGGGUCAGCUCCACUCCAGCCUCACUUGCAUUCUGUUUGUACUGAGACAAAAACCACACUGAUAAGUGCAGAUGACUCUGGAGGUGACAAGACCUUCCCUCCCCGUCCCCCAGAGCCCGUGGCAUGGCCAGAAGCUACCACAUGGGCUGGGUCCUCACAGGCUGGAUGCAAAAAUUCAAUCAUGAAGUUAACCAAGGCUUGAGAGAACAGUGACCUAGAGUUCCUUUAUCUCUAUUUAUUUUACCAAAAUGAGAAUCGAAAAAGACUUUGACAGAACAUGGAAUUGUAAAAUGUGAAACUAUGAGCAGUGACAAACAAUAAGCAGUUACACAAUAAAGAAGUGCUGGACUGGC